ACAUAUAUAUAUUUUUUAUUUUUGGUGACUGAAAGAUGGAAAAAAGAGACGUAUCGAGGCUGUUGUCUGUGUGGACUAAUUGUUCUGGUGCCACUAGCCCAAUAUACAUACCAAGACGAUUCAUUUAGGGGGAUGCGCGAUCUUUUUUUCCCUCUUCUCUCUCCUCUCUAUCGUUUGUGGGUGGGUUAUUAUAAGCAUUGAAAAUCUGACAUCAUUUUGGAUAUAUGAGCAAGAUAUAUGUUUUUUAGUAUAUAUUUAUAUAUAUAUAUAUAUAUGUGUCACGUCUGUUUCUAGGCUAUACUGGAGAUCCAUCUUCGACGUGAUGCAACAUAAAAUCUGUUUUCUCGGAUGAUAUUCAGACACAGACCAAAUGAACACAUCCCAUCUCCAUGAGACUGUAAAAGGGGUGGCAGUGGAUUUUUUUCUUCAUAUAUAUAUAUAUAAAUAUACAUAUCUUUUAACGUCAUCCUGGACUGGUUUGAUCAGCUGUUGAUUAUUAGAUAGCCCUCUCUCUCUCCUUCUCUCUCUCUCUAUCGUCUUUAUGUUUAUUAUAUGUUGCUCAAUUUCGAUUUUUCCUCGCGAUGGAUUUAUGCAUAACAGGUGUUGUUUGAAGCCCCGAGAGCACACACAACAGCAAGAAGCAUGGAGGCUUUAUUAUGUGUUUUUCUCUCGGUUUAACAAACAGUGAAACGAAACGACUGGGAUCAUUUUUCUGUUUUUGUCGUGAGAAAGGAACAGAUCUCCCCAUCACCAUCAUCACCAGCACCAGCAGCACCAGCACCACCACAUCCCAAAAAAAAAAAGAAAAAAGAGAGAGGAUGAAAGGUAGGUUAUCAUCUCUCUUCCUUUACACACACAUAUACAUUUUGACACCUGUUCAUCUGUUUUUUUUCCCCCUUUCACUCCCAAGCCUGUGUUUCAGGGCCUAGCUGACAUGGCAGCCAUCUAAAUCAGGUGAAAUGAUAUUUGUCAAGGUGGCAGAGGGCUGUUAUGUAUGGGAAGAAAUAAGCCCACAGUUACAGCAGAAUCAUAUUGUGUUUUCAUGGCCUACAUAGACAAGGCCCACCCAGACCAGCACAGCUAUGUUUUAUUGUCAUCUUCUGCCUAUAAAUGAGGGUGAGCUGCAUCUUCAAAAUUUGUGUUUUUCUAGGAUUUGGAUUUUCAUGUUUUUAAUCACGUCUUCUGAUUGUAGACACGGUGAGGCCUAAGUGUGAAAAUCACAGUCAUAACUUCCUCCUCCUGUUGAGUAAAAAAUUCCACAAUUCACACAUAGGCCUAUGGUAAAAAGAAAACAACAAAAACAAAUGGCUGCUCGCUCUGCUCCAUUAUAUCUUCAUGCUUGUGAUGUGCUGUUAAUGGUACAGAUUACACCCUCUGCUCUUUAACUGACUGUCGGGCUCGCACACACGGCGGCGGAAGAGAAAGCAUAUAAUGUUCUUUUGCUCAUUUAACAACAUCUCUGUUUGUUGGACAUGCCCAGUGUUGGUUGUACUGUGUCUGCUCCAUCCCCCCUGUACACCCCCAUGCAUUCACUCAAACACCCACACUUGCACAAAGUAUGUGAGCUGUUGUAUCUUAGCAACGGGCAAGGUAAUUACUGAGAGAGCCAAGGAGCUGGCAUGCUGUAGAGCUGCUGAUCUGAUCCCAGCCAUAGAGAAACAGGAAGGCAGAGAUUUCCACUGUGUCGCCCAACACAGCACUUCUAUGUCAAUGCCGUUAAAUGUGGUGAGGUUGUGGACAAAGAGGAAAGAUGAGUCUGUCGUGUAGAAAAGAUCCUUACGGCCUCUCCUUGUAAAGACGAGAGAGCCGUGGGAGACGACGGCUGUAGGAGGAUCAGUAGCGUUUAUAAAGGGGCCCCGAACCAGGCAGGCUCUUGCGGAAGGUGAUAGAAUGACUAACCAGAGCUUUGCCAUCGAUGGUCCCGGCAGUUUGCUGGCUGUGCUGGCCUCGCAGAGUGGACUGGCAAGAGGCGGCAGCAGUAGCAGCAGUGACAGCAGCAGCAACAGUGGAGGAAUCUCUGCCACAGAUGUGUCUGCCUACUUUAAGCUGGUCUUCUUGGGUUUGAUCAUCUGUGUCAGCCUUGUAGGCAACCUCUUGGUGUCCCUGCUGGUCUUACGAGACAGGACACUUCACAAAGCUCCCUACUUCUUUCUCCUGGACCUGUGCCUGGCCGAUGCAGUUCGCUCUGCUGCCUGCUUCCCCUUUGUGCUGGUUUCCGUCCACAACAGCUCGGCCUGGACUUACAGCGCCUUGAGUUGUAAAGUUGUGGCUUUUAUGGCUGUGCUAUUUUGUUUUCACGCUGCCUUCAUGCUGUUUUGUGUGGCUGUCACCCGUUACCUUGCCAUUGCCCACCACCGAUUCUACGCCAAGCGCAUGACCAUCUGGACCUGUGCCGCCAUUAUUUGCAUGGUGUGGACUCUGGCCGUUGCCAUGGCGUUCCCACCCGUCUUUGACGUGGGGACGUACAAGUUCAUCCGUGAUGAGGAUCAGUGCAUUUUUGAACACCGCUACCUGAAGACCAACGACACCCUGGGCUUCAUGCUCAUGUUGGCUGUGGUGGUCCUGGCCACCCACGGUUUCUACGCCAAGCUGCUGCUGUUUGAGUACAGACACCGCAAGAUGAAACCUGUCCAGCUAGUGCCAGCUAUCAGCCAGAACUGGACCUUCCACGGUCCUGGGGCCACAGGUCAAGCUGCAGCUAAUUGGAUUGCAGGGUUCGGUCGUGGUCCGAUGCCACCCACUCUGUUGGGCAUCAGGCAGAAUUUACACAAUCAACACCGGCGGCUGCUCGGGAUGGAAGAGGUGAGGUCAGAGAGGAGGCUCGGCAGGAUGUUCUACACCAUCACCUUGCUCUUCCUGGUCCUCUGGGCUCCCUACAUCGUGGCGUGCUUCUGGAGGGUGUUCGUCAAGUCCUGCUCCAUCCCUCACAGGUACCUUUCCAUCACAGUGUGGAUGAGCUUCGCCCAAGCCGGAGUCAACCCCAUCUUCUGUCUCCUGCUCAACGAGGACCUGAGGAAAGUGCUGAGAGCUCACCUGCCAACCUACUGGAGGACUAAACAACACCUGCCCCAGGAUGAGGCCUACUGUAUUAUGUGAUAGGAUAUGAACUUAACGAAGAGAAUGUUUCAGGUCUUAAAAGGGAAAUUCGGAGAAUAGACGUGACGUAAUGCACCUUGGUUAAGUGUCUGUUUUGUUGUUUUUGCACAACAAAAUCCAAUUUUUGCCAACAAAUUCAGGCACAGUGCCAUUUCAUUAAGAAUGUUGAUAUUUGAGUAAAUGUGUCAGGUGCAAAGGCUUGAACGGGGCAAUAGAAACGCCCUGGUAACCCUUAAAUGGUUUGUAUUUCUGAUGAUGUACUGUAUGAUUAAUAAGUAAAGGAAAGAUCACAACAAUCACCACUCCAACUAAGUGUGACAGAUGCCAUUUUAAAAAUAAUGUUGCCUUAUUUCAGUGAGACACGCCCCAGAGCUUUCAACUGAGAGUUAGUUUCUGUGUCACAUGAGGCACAAAACAGACACGCCGAGGUUUGAAAUCCUUGAAGAAAUGUGACUGUGAAUGGAAAAGUGUUGAUCAGAGCGUUACUAACUCUGAAACACAUCAAGGAACUCAAAGGGUCUGAACGGAUUGAUAGACCACCCCGGACGCCUUUUCAUGUAAUUCAAAGGAGACUGCAGAAUAUCGAAUGGACCCCAAAUAACCUUGGAUACAUUUAAAUAGCUGUUGUGAACCCAAGAAGCCCCUAACAUGCUUGAUUUUUUGGACUUGAUUUAGGGCGUGUCAGGUUUCUUUGUAUCAUAAAAAAAAAAAAAAAAAAUUGCCUGUUUUCCUUUAUUUGUAAACUAUACAUGUUAAGCAGAUGACACUAUUUUGAAAUAUGACUUGAUUUCAUAUUGUAUAGACUGUACAGGAAUGUAUAUUCCUGCUUGUGUGUUUUUAUAUAGCAAUUGGUGUGUAUGUGUGUGUGAGAGGUAAGAGGUAGAGAGAAAGUAGAGGUAGAGGAGGAAGGAGGGAAGGUGAGAGAAAUACCGACGAUAGAAUAGGUUCCAGUGAUAUUGAGUCAGUAUGAAAGCAGCCUCAUCUUUGGUGUCUCAAAAUCAUGCAAAAAUUGAACAAUCAUCAUAUGGAAAUUUAUCCUUUAAAUGGAUUUCCGUGACUGAAAAUGUAUUCUGAUUUUUAAUGGUAAUGUACAAGCAAACGUGAACUAUAGAUGGAUAAUGAAAAAAGGGGGAACCGGAUAAUUAGAAAACAACACUUGUACAUUGCAAACAGGCCAUAGGAUUUAAUGACUUGAAUGAUGAUGUAAAUUGCGUCGUUUAAAAAAAAAAAAAAAAUCAUUUGCAAAUGAACAUUUAUUUGCAAAUGAUGAUCUUGGGAAUGUUUUUAAAGUACUGUUAUGCUCUCACCAGAAUACAACAAAAAAAAAAAAAA